CCCGGAAGCAAAAUUAAAUUGCACUAAGUCGCUAGUAUGGCUAAUACAAUCAGUGAGCAUGUGGAAAGCUUGAUAAACUCUGAUCAAAAUUUUGAAGAAUCAGAAGAGUCGGAAUAUUCAGAUCAAGAUGAAGUUCAAAGCACAACUACAACAUUGGGUCAUAAUGGUGCUAUGGACCAUCAAUCUUUGGCAAUAAAAUUAAAAAAACCCACGGGAAGUUUGGCAGAUAAUUCAGAAGAGCAUAUUAAAGAAACUCAAAUAAAAGGUGUCAGCAAUAUUAGUUCUGGACAUCCGAAUUACGGAUUUGGAAAGCGGUGGUCCAAAUCGGAAGAUUUGUUGCUUAAAACGUUAGUUGAUAAAUAUGGCGAGCGUUGGGAGGUUAUUGGGCCACACUUCAAAGACCGACUUGAUCAUCAGGUGCAGCAACGUUGGGUCAAGGUCUUAAAUCCAGAACUUAUUAAAGGGCCAUGGACACGUGACGAGGACGAAAAGGUUAUUGAGCUCGUGCGAAGUUUUGGUCCCAAGAAAUGGACUUUGAUUGCUCGAUAUCUAAAUGGACGAAUUGGCAAGCAAUGCCGAGAAAGAUGGCACAAUCACCUUAAUCCGAAUAUAAAGAAAACGGCAUGGACUGAAGAGGAAGACACGAUUAUUUAUCAAGCUCACAUUCAACUCGGAAACCAAUGGGCCAAAAUUGCAAAACUUCUGCCUGGACGCACGGACAAUGCAAUCAAAAAUCACUGGAACUCGACAAUGCGACGUAAAUAUGAUGCCGAGCGUAGAUCGGUUAAUGCUCCUGGAAGUGAUUUGAAAAGCUCUCGAACACAUCUAAUAACAUUAAUCAAAGCUGGUGGCAUAAGUAAAGUGCAAUCUCAAUUGCUACAUAACAGACUUUCAGCACCAAAAAUAGAGAAUAAAUCUCAAUCUAUGGAUAAUGAAAUCAUGUGUAACAGAAGUACAACAGCUGAGCUCAGCGAGGUGGUGGAUUCUGCUGGAACUGAUCCGCUUAUUCCCUACUCAGCUAGUGGUAUGCAUCAUUCACUUGGUAAAUGUCUAACAAUUCAACUUCAGCGGCAAACACCGAAUAUCUUGAAACGGUCUCGUAAAAACAUUCCCGAAUCGAAUAUACCAGCUUAUCCAUCUAUUGAUUUUUCCUAUGAUGAAGCCAAGCCUAGACAGCCGGAUUCCCCCGUUAUAACUCCCAUUAAGGCAUUACCAUUCUCCCCAAGUCGAUUUCUUAAAUCUCCUUGUCUAACAACAUUUGAAGACAUGAAUUUGCGCGCAAGCACGCCUGUUAUGAAGAUAUAUAACGGGUUGGGAAUAGAGGUCAAGAAAGAACUGGAAACUGGAUCUAUUGAAACGCCACAGAAGAGUAAAAUAGGACCACGAACACCAACUCCGUUUAAGAAUGCUCUUGCUGAAAUUGGGAAGAAACGUGAUGGUCGACGAUACGAGCCGCCUAGCCCGUCUAGCCUUGCCGAAGAUCUGGCAGAAAUAAUUCAUGAAGAACAGCUAAACGAUUCUGAAACAUUAGAAUCUGAGCAAACUAACAAAAGAGUUGGUUGUGGCAAUAUGAGAAAGAAUUUACGAAAUAAUUCGCAUAGUAUUGAAAACGAAAAUGCAAGUUCAGCACUGUCACCGCCUCCAAAACGUGCAAGGAAAUCUUUACUUUCCAAGUGGACAGCCAACCAUCUGCCAAAUGGUGGAUUUACGAAAAAGAUCCAACCGUUCGAAACUGAGACGCCUAGCAAGUUUCUUACAUCUCCAAGUGGCAUUAUGCAGGAUACACUUUGCAGUGAGCAAGAUCUUCCCUUCGAUGAAGACAGGAAGGAGAACAGACCGUACUUCAGUCGAUGUAAAUAUAAGACCUCAGGUCUGCUUCCCUAUGAUAAUGUAAUCGACCCAAAAUGGGCUCGAGUAGCGUGCGGCAAAACCAAAGAUCAACUAUUCAUGGAGGAGCAAGCGUACGCAUGUCUUAAACAUCUUUCUUGUGUCCCACGCUCACUUAACUUUGAAAAACAAAAGUGACUCACAUUCUGCUAAGCUAAAGUUUUUUUCUUCAUAUUAAUAGAACACUAUAACUGCAUUUUAUAUCGAGAAAAAGGUUGCGUUGAAAUAGUAAUUAAGAGCAAUUGUAAAUUCUUUCCAUUGAAAUCUAAGUAAUUUUUACAU